UUCUCAAUCGCCACACUCUGCCAUGUGCCACUUUCAGGUCUCCUCACACUGCUGGUGUGUUCCAUUUUUUGUCAUAGGGUGCUGGCAGAUUACGGGCCUCCCAUAGCUGCUGCCAGGCCCCUAAUCUGCCAUGGGCCCCUAUACCGCCUCCCUCAUGCUGCUGCCAGGUCCAGAGUCUCUCAUGGGUCCCUGUACGGCCUCCCAUUGCUGCUGUCUCCAUCGCCACACUCUGCCAUGUGCCACUUUCAGGUCUCCUCACACUGCUGGUGUGUUCCAUUUUUUGUC